AUGGCUAAAAUCACCCUCCAAAACGGCUCCCGCUCUUUUUCAGCUUGGAGUUCCCAUCCCCAGUCUGCCAUCACCAACCCAAGAAGCUUCGAUAGGGUUAUCUUCUUUAUUCACGGUUUUCCAGACAACAACGAGUCCUACGAGAAGGUGUUGCCCUUGGUUUCAGAGCACUAUGGCAAAAAGAAGGUGUUGUUGAUUGCUCCACUUUUGCGUGGGUACGAGGAAUCGUCCCAGGGCCCAGAUACAGAAUAUAAGAUGUCUGAUAUUGCUGGCGAUGUCAAGGCAUGGAUUUUGCUGAUUGUGCCUAACAAGGAGGUGCCUGUGCACCUUGUGGGCCACGACUGGGGUGCAAUUGUCACGUUCAAGACGGCGUCGUUGUACCCUGAGCUUCUUACAUCGACGGUGACGUUGGCUAUUCCAUACCUUGCCAACCUCAGAGGCUGGCAUUACCUCUGGUACGCUCCACGCCAAUUGUACCGCCUGUCGUACUUUUUGACGAUGCAAUAUGCGUUUGUGUACCGCCUGAAGUUUGGCAAUUUGCUUGAACCAGGAUACUUGGAUGAUUUGUGGAGCUGCUGGUCGCCAAAGUGGGACUUUAGCCAGGAAAUCGCUUCUGUGAGAAAGACGCUUUCCCAGCCUGGUGUUCUUGAUGGCGCUACAGCCUACUACCGUAACUUGUUCCGUCCUAGCGUUAUCAAAGAACGUCAGUGGGUUGUGGACUUUGAAAAGGUUCCUACUUUGAUCUUGGGUGGUGAGAGAGACGGAUGCCAGGGUUCCGAGUUAUACGAGUUGGAGGCCCAAUUGUUAGCGUCCAAACCAAAGGUCAAGGUUCAAUUGUUGAGUGGUCUCGGCCAUUUCUUACACAGAGAGGAUCCUACAAAGGUAGCUGAACUUAUCUGUGACUGGUUCGACAAGUACCAUUAA